AUGUCCACAUCUGAAACACGUCAAAAGCCAAAUCUGCUUAUAACUGGUACACCCGGUACUGGAAAAACUACGCUUUGUGAAAUACUGUCGACAAAAUUAGGUUUUAACUACAUCAACUGUAGUGAAGAAAUCGUUGAGAAUAAUUUGUAUUCGGAAUAUGACGAUGAGUUUAGCAGUCAUGUGCUUGAUGAAGACAAAUUCUUGGACCAUAUUGAAGAUAGAAUGAACUCAGACAGUGGAGGAUAUAUAGUAGAUUAUCAUGGUUGUGACCUCUUUCCGGAAAGAUGGUUCGAUUUUAUAUUUGUUUUACGAUGUAACAAUACAAUUCUUUACGAUCGACUUUCUGCUCGAGGUUAUAGCAGCAAGAAAAUUGUAGAAAAUAUUGAAUGUGAAAUAUUCGGAUUAUUACUAGAAGAAGCUAAAGAUUCGUAUGAUGAAGAUAUCGUUUAUGAAUUACAAAAUGAGACAGUUGAGCAGAUGUCUGAUAAUUUGGAAAGGAUAUGCCAUGGACGAAAAAUGUGUAAAAUGUGGGAGAGAAUACGUUUUGGUGCCAGAUGGUGCAGUGCAGAAAGAACAGCACUAGCAAUGAGAGGAAUCGAUUUAAAAAAUGUCAAAUCGAUUCAUUUUUCACUUGAUCCGUUCUACGAUGAUUGUCACUCUUUAAGAGCAUUUUGGUUUCUUAUGAGUUCACCACAUGUUCGAAGGACAAAUCCUUCGACGAAAAUAGAUUGUAAUAUAAGGAAUGAUCGUCAACCACCGUAUUUUUGUGCAAAUUUAAAUGAUGGCAAGAAGUUGUUGUUUCGAACAAGCGGUAUGCAUGUUAUGGAUCUGACGAUGACGUUUAACAGGUUACUGGGAAAUCCGGAAUUUGGUAAAAGCGGUAUCAGACCACUUCCUAAGAUUGAUUAA